GAAGCGCGAGGCGGCCCACGGCGCCGAAAACAGAGCUGAAGGCAGAGCUUUUAACGUGGUCAGAGUGUUUGUAACGGCAUUGAAACAAGUUUUUCUCACGCUGAGCCCAGAAGUAAAGACAAGACGACAAGGCGAGAAGAUCGAGGAAAGCGGGAAGUUUGUGUGCGGGAUGAAGUGACGGAGGUUGGAGGAUGGAGGCAGGAGCCGUGGAGCUGCACCUGAAGGAGGAGGCCUGGGGGAGGAAUGGUGAGCCGGACAUCAGCUUCACUGCUUCCAAACUGCUUCAUCUCACACAGUUCGUUCCUGCUGCCAGGAAUUUUACAAGGAAAUGUUCACCAGUGAAGGAGCCGUUCUACAGGCAGUACGUCUGCGGCCCUCUGCUCGGCAGCGGCGGCUUCGGCAGCGUGUUUUCAGGCCAGAGGCUCUCGGACGGCCUGGAGGUCGCCAUCAAACAGGUUUCCAACGACCGGGUCGGGACGUGGACCAGACUGCCAGAUGAGGUGGACCCCGUUCCCAUGGAGAUCCUCCUCCUGCAGCGCCUCACGGAGUUCGGAGGUCACCGCGGCGUUGUGCGCCUCCUGGACUGGUUCCGGGUGAAGGGGCGGGGCUUCCUGCUGGUGCUGGAGCGCCCGCCGCACAGUCAGGACCUGUUCGACUUCAUCACGGAGAGAGGAGCGCUGCCCGAGCGCCUGGCCCGCAGGUUCCUGGGUCAGAUCGUGGACACGCUGCUCUUCGUGCACGCUCACGGCGUCCUGCACAGAGACAUCAAGGACGAGAACGUGGUGGUGGACACCAGGACGCUGGACGUCAAAAUCAUUGACUUCGGAUCCGGAGCGCUGCUGAAGGAGACGCCGUACAGCGACUUUGACGGGACCCGGGUCUACAGCCCCCCCGAGUGGAUCCUGAGCGGCUCGUACCGCGCCGAGCCGCUCACCGUCUGGUCUCUGGGCGUCCUGCUCUUCGACAUGGUCUGCGGGGACGUUCCCUUCGACAGCGACGAGGACAUCGUGCGGGCGCUGCCCGACUUUCCCGCCCGCCUCUCCAGCGGCUGCCGCUCGCUCCUCCGCUGGUGUCUGUGCUUCGAGCCGCAGCUCCGCCCCUCCCUGCAGGAGAUCCUGUCCCACCCCUGGAUGGGUGGAGGACAGGAGGAGGAGGAGGAGGAGCAGAUGUCAAACACGGGAGACUUUUGAAGUGUUCCUGGUUCAAGUGUUCAUGUUGCACUUUAUUUUUAUCCUUUUUCUGCAGAGCAGCUGUGAAAACUUCAGCCGAUUAUUUGACAAAGAUUUUUAACUGAAUCGGAACCAUUCUGGAACAGGAAGCCAAAUAAGUUCUCAGCAUUGUAUUUUCUGCAUUUGAUCUCCUGAUUUUCUGUUAACCGUCAUUGACUUUUUUUUUUUUUUGAAUUUUUGAUAAGAGUUAGCCUUAAAGUUAUUUAUUUUUACCAGUUUUACUGAGUUUUUUUUUAAUGAGUUUCUAGAAGUAGUUGACCUCUGAGCUCCUUAUUUUCUUCUAUCUGUAGAAAAGCUGUAAAUGUUCCAUUCUCAAAAAGUGACACAUGAUUAACAAUCAAAGUGCGGUGUGCCUUUGUUGUUCAGUUUUCAUUGAAACUAGUGGACAUCUUCACUUCUGUCCAGUUUUGUUCGGAGGUCUUGUUGUCAUAGAAAUGCUGGAGCUGAUGUUUAAAGUGGCCUUUUAGUCGCUUGUUUGUGGGAAUUUAUUUGAAAUGAGAAGUUUUGUAAAGCGAAUCUGACAUUUUGAAUAAAAGUUUG